AACUUUUUUUAAUAAAAUUUUUCAAUUUGAUUGUAUUUCAGGUUAUAUUGUUUUUGUUGUGGGGCUUCAUUUGUUGCAAGAUUGGAUGGGAUUCAGUCAUGAGAAUGGGUGCAGACUUACAGGAUUUGUUCUUAUAUGAGGCCUUCUUAUACUAUAACCCCCUUCUUCUUGUGACAAUGAUGGUUUAGCUCUGGGGAGUGAGCUUAUGGGUUUUCUCACAGGGCAGUGUUAAUUAUGCAAAAUUUUUUUAUCUUGAUCAAAAUCAUCUUACUCACAAAGAUAUAUGGAAGCGUAGCAUUUGGAUGACCAUUAUUGUCCCAGCUAGCAUGACAGCAUAUCUUUAUCUCUAUUCCCAUGGAGAAGUAUCAUUGGCUGCAUCACAACCAGUGUAGCAUCUGUCCUACCCAUUAUACAAUUUUGUUGCAUUAUUUUUGCAACUGUUAAACUUUAUUGUACUCAUUCCACUUUAUUGUAUCAUUGGCUAAGGUAUGAAGCUGCAUCAUUUUUUGGUCCUUUGUUUUUGGUAUAUUUAAUUGAAAAGCUAUAGCUAGGGAUAUAUUUAGGAAUGGUGUUGUGAAUCUGCACGGUCCUGGAGAAGCUCUAUUUUCCUGCAUUUUAGAUUCAAAUAGAUUGUAUGGCAUGGAAAGUACCAGCUUUCCUACUCUUUCAAACUUUUCUAUCCUAGGCUAAAGCUACGAUAUUGGAAUCAUUCAGUUCUGUGAAAGGAGUUUCAUUUUAUAAUGCACUUAUAAUUGUCAAUUGAGUGCAGGUAUUUUCAGAUUUGGAACGUUCAGUUUGCCGUAUGGUUCACCGCUAGAUCUUAAAAGAACGAAGAGGGGAAGAAGACGAAGGCGAUAGAAACUGUCAAGUGAAAUAAUAUUACCUCAGAUCCCUAAAUCCCCAAUUUUAUUUCGCUAAACCAUUUAAGGGUAUAAAAGUAAUUUUGUUUGAUUUGCUGAUUUUGAGGUAUUUGUCCAGACCUGCCUCCACCUCAGCAUCCAUCUCAACAACAAAAAGGCCACGUCAGACACAGAGGAAGGGCUUAUGAAUGAAAUGUUAAAUGUUAACGGAAGCCUUAACAGAGGGGCUGAUUUGCCACUGCAAGGGGAGUUGAGGGGGUGAUUUGCCCGUGAAGUGAGUUGAGAGGGUGAUUUGCCACCAGUUGUUGAGUUGAGGGGGUGAUCUGCACCUUUUGCCAUUAUUCUUUGUAAGCUAGAUUUUAUUUUGAAAUAUUGAUCUAAGUUUAUGUGGACUGUUAGUUAUAAAUUUAGCAAGUUCUGAGCCUUCUACAUUUGUGGGAUCCUCUCACAAGUGUACUGCAUCUGUUUCACUCUUGGUUUUGGAGCAUGACACUUUAUGGAUGAAAAUGAUCCUAUCACUUUUGCCCCACUAUCACCUCUUGUAGAAUGGUCUUAUGAAAAUCCAAUAUUCAAGGAAAAAGAUGCAAAUCAUAUGGGUGACUUUGCUGAGUCAAGCCAUGUUAUCAAGAGUUUGACUGAAUGUUUGAAGUUGGCAUGUCGAGAGUAGACCCAGAUUGUGCAAAGGUUUAUCGAUAACCAAAUGGAAUCUUAGACACCAACUAGAGGUGAUGUAGGAAUAUGUGGUUGAAAUAAGGUGUGCUUUUGAAGAAGGCACUACAGUAAUGCAAGAAACUGGGGUUAAGCGU